AUCAUGUGUCACUUCCUGACGUUGAGUGCGACUAAAUUAAAACGUACGGGUUUCAUAACGGCCAGCGUGUUCGAACUACAUUCAGCAUGUCAGACGGAGAAUUAAUUUCUGUGGAUUAUGAAGUAUUUGGAAGAGUGCAGGGGGUCUUCUUUCGAAAAUAUACACAGGCCCAAGGAAAGAAGCUUGGCCUUGUAGGUUGGGUCCAAAACACAAGUGCGGGAACUGUGCAAGGGCAGCUCCAGGGCCCCCGCAAAAAUGUGACAGAAAUGCAACAAUGGCUCAAAUGCACUGGGAGUCCCAAGUCACAGAUUAUCAAGGCAGAGUUCAGGAACGAAAAAACAAUUGUCAACCUCGAACAUUCGACUUUUGACAUUGUGAAAUGACAUGCACAUUAUUAGCCUACAACCACUUAUUUAUUUUUUCUGUCUUAUUAUUUAUUGAUAUACAUUGCAUGGUAUUUUUUGUAAAAAGCACACAUACUGUAUUUAAAUUAUUUAAAUAAUCCAGAAAUGCUUCCAGAACAAAAAAGACAGUUUGUUUUUUAAAUUAUCAAUUUAAACUAUAAACCCUUCAUCAAUGGGGCUAUAAGAAUAGUUUCCUAUACCUUUGCUGACAUUUGAAUAUGAAUGGAUACAAAUCAUGUAGGGCAGGGGUGUCAAACUCAUUUUUGUCACGGGCCACAUUGUAGUUAUGACUUCCCUCGGAGGGCGUUAUGACUGUGAACCCGUAUGAAGGAAUUAUCACCUCAUAUAAUUAGAUAUAUACAACAAAUUGAUGAAUAACUAGUUGUAAAAUCAGAAGCCUUUAAAAAGAUGUGUUAAGUCCUACAUUUCUUUUCAAAGCGGGAUUGGUAACAAAAAUGCAAAAACUCAACAUGAUUACUUACAUUGGAACACUAUUAGCAAUUUUGAUUUGCUUUUGCGGGCCACAUAAUAUGAGGUGGCGGGCCAGAUAACUGUCCCCCGCCCGGGCCACCAGUUUGACUCCUGUAAUGUAGGGCAUUUUUUGACCCUCCUGUGUGAUGUUUGCAUGUUCUUUCUGUGUUUGCGUGGGUUUUCUCCCAAUACUCUGGUUUACUCCAUCCCGAAAGUGUGGAUAUUAGGAACUGUAAAUUGUCCAUAGAUGUGAAUGUGAAUGCUCGAGGUUCUCAAUUAAUUAGAAUACGGUAGAGAAAUAAAAUUUUCAGUACUCAUACGUUAUAUAGAUUCAUUAAACACUUGGGAAAAUACUUUUCAGAGACCAAAUUCAUGGAUAAUUUCUACAUUAAAAAUAAUGGUCAUUUUUUUUGUUACAUAAUAUUCUAAUUUCCAGAAAUGGUGAUUUUGGAGUUUUCAUUUUCUGUAAGCUAUAAUCAUCAAAAUUAUACAUAUACUGUUGUAUAUUUUAAAAAAAAAAUCAUGAAAUAUUUCAUGUGUGUAAUUAAUCUCUACAAUAGGAGUGUCACUAUUUGAAUUGAAUUACCUAACAAAAUUAAGCUUUUGACACUUUUUUUUAAACACUGCAGUUAUGUAUUUACAGUAGUGUGUAAGUGAAUUUCAGAUAUCUGUACAUUUCUUGCAUAUUUAUUUUUUGAUUACUUUUUAUUGAUACUCCCUAUUUGAAAAAUAAGUUCUGUGCUAUCUACUCCUUACUUUGUCAAAAUAGGCUGGUUACUCCUUUCAACCUCUACAGUUGGUGACAAGACGUAGACGGCCUAACUAGAGAGUGGUAUUGUUGAUUAAUUGAUUGAGAUCUUGGGGACUUAUAAGUUGGUUAAAAAAAAAAAAAAAAAAACAAGGACCGCAGCGACAUGCAGGAGCAUGAACCAGGGAGCAUUAAUGAUGACGGAAAUAGAUUCUGAGAAGUGAAAUAUUCCCCAUUCAUGGCCUUUUAAAAUUGUUUGAUGUUGUCGGCUACAAGAAUAAAUUGUGGCAAUUAUGCUGUGCCAGCCUAAAAACCUCCAGCUCCUGGUGUUAAAAAUUAUCUGUGUAAUCAGAAAAAAAACAUGGGUGUAUUUUUUUACAGUUGUUAUUGGAAUCGUGUUUUUUUUUUUUUUUUUGUCUUCUCAGUAUGAGCAUUAUGCAAGUCAAUAAAAGAGGAAAACUCUUUUGCUGCA